AUGGAAGACCUCGCGGCCUCGUUCGUGCCGUACCCGCACAGCGCGCCGCUCUACCUGCUCUACGACGCCGCCAGCAUCGCCAACGCCAGCCACGGGCUGGUGGCGCCGCCGCCGCCGCCGCCGCUGCCGCUCCUCGACGACGACGACGACGGCUUCGCGUUCGCCACGACGACGACGACCCUUAACGGCGGCGGCGCGGCGGCGCUACGCGCGUGCGCCAGCGACGUGUCGGCGGCGUCCUUCGCGGACGAGCUGUUCCGCGCCGGCGCGCUGCUCCCGCUGAGCCUGCCCCCGCGGCUGCAGCGGCCCGCCGCGUACUCCGCCUCCGCGGGGGCCUCGGCCGCGACGUCGCCCACCAUGUCGUCGUCCGCGGCCAGCGCCAGCUGCAGGAGCAGCAGGAAGCACAGGGGGUUCGACCCGUUCGCGGCGGCGCUCGAGAAGGUGCGCAGGGACGGUGGCGCGCCUGCAGUGAGGCGCGCAAGGUCGCUCUCUCCACUGCGUGGCGCUGCCGCUGCCGCGGUCACCGCACAAACGAACAGCGGCGGCGGCGACUCGUCGCGCGCCGCGGCGAGGCGGGCGAGGAAGGGGAAGGGCCGCGGUGUCAGGCACCUGCUGUGCAGGGUCCUGAUGGCGAGCGCCGCCGCGGCGCCCAAAGCGCUGUGGCCGCGUAGGAAAGACGGCGUGUCUUACCGUCCAGGUCUGCUCGUCUGCCUCGGAUAUGGCGUGUGA